CUCGGAGGGAAUAAAACGUAAAAUUUGUAAAAUAGGUUUCCUUCCGAGAACCGGAGGACGGUGAGCUUUGGUCGACCGAGAAGCAAGGUGCACCCGCGUCUUCGACCAAUAAUCAACGGCAGGAGAUGACGGUGAAGGCCCAGAUUCAUCGGUCCCAAAGUCCACCUCGAAAGAAUUCCGAAAUCGUUAGAAAGACUAGCGUGGAAUACGCGGUGAGGAAGGUCAGUGUCGAAAGGAAAGCGGCCGACUCGAAGAAAUCAUCGAGCGCGACAGACGCGAAAAGGCCUUCCCCUUCGAACAAAAGCAACGUGCAAAGUAACUUCACGAACGUGUUGAGCGAAUUGAAGAAUCGUAAGAGCAGUUUGGACAGCAAUCUGUCGAAUUCGAGCAACAACAAGGGUGUGCCACCCCCGCCACCCAUGCCACCACCUUUGGAGUCUCACGACCCGUCCGAAUCAAGGCCUUUCCUCGAUCCUUAUGGGAGAGCAAAGACGGUUCGAAUUGGCAAAUGGAGAUGGCCUCCGCCUAGCGACUCGAACGAGAAUCAAAGCCAAGACAGUUUUAUAGAGUUCAAAAUGCGGCAACAGCAGCAACAACGAAAAAUCACACCCCAAUAUCAAGAGUACAAUCAGGGCGAGGGUGAGCCAAGCACGGAGGGUGGCGUCGAAUGGGAGGAAUUCGAAAUUGAGAACAUCGUCGAAACCAACGAAAAGCCGGUUGUGAGUCAUGCCCCACCUCCAGUCUCCACAAAAAACGAGAACGGAUACAAGGAGGAGGGAGAGAAGAAAAAGAAAAAGUCCAAAUCCGCGUUGGAGGUAGGUGCACAGAGGCCAUCCCCAGGAAGUAUAGGAAAACUGAAGCUGAGCUCGGAAAUGAGGCAGAGAUUGGAAAAAGUGACGGCGAAUCACAGUGUGAGAUCGACGAAGACAACCGAGAAACCUGCCCUCCCUCGCGAGGACGGUAAAGUGAAACGUUUGGAGGAUAAUAGAAAGCUUCUUCUCGAGCAGCAAUUAGGAGGAAGAUGGGACGAUUACGCGUCCACGGCCGAUGACACGCAAAGCGUUACUUCGAAAGGCACGACCGACAUGAUGACUCAAGCGCAAGUGGUCAGGACUCAGAUCGAAAGAAUGGAGAGGCCUGUGCCGCCCCCGCUUCCGGUCACACCUCCGCAACCCCCUAGUCCUCGUGGCGGAAGCAUGUACAGCAAUAGUCAAUCCGGAGUGCCACAACCGAGAUCACCCCCGGCCCCAGUCGAGCCCAAGGCUCGAGAUUCGUUCAGAACGUCCCCGGAUUCGGAGGCGUUCGACCACUUUUCCAAGAGCCAGCGCGACAUGUUCAGCCAGAGCAGAGACAUAUUCGCGUCCCAGCAGCAUCUGAGAGAGAGCCACGAGUACAGAAACGACUUCGACAAGUCACGAUUGUCCGAUCCAAAGAAAGACUUUUACGGAAAGGACAGCACGGACAUGGCGAGCUCCGCCAGGGACAGAAGUUCCGACUUCGACUCCCGCCGCGACCUAAACUCCGACAUUUUCGACCCGAAAUACGCGAGAGAUAUAUUCGAGAACACGAGCUCGAAGAGAGACCCGUUCGGAAUGGCCAGAGACGUGUCCCCAAAGUCGAGGGACAGCUUUGGCAUGCCGUCGUCCAGAGAGUUCGGCCUGAUGCCCAACACGAGGGAAUCGUUCGCGGCCGCUCGUCAAAGUUUCAAGAAAUUGGACCGUGAUCUCGACAGGAGAUCGAGCGUCGCAUCCACCCACCGCACCGACAAAAUGGAAAGGAUCGAGAUCGAGGAAUGGCCCGAGUUUCUGAGGCCGGUGCUGCCACCUGCGGAGAAACCGGAAAUAGAGAAGGUCCAAGAGGUGGUGAACACGAAGCUCUAUCCGCAAACGUCCACGGCUCACUUCACGUACAACAGGGUGACGUGGACGUUGAGGGUGAAGAAGGAAGUGUUCGCGCCUAACGAAACGUUGAACAGCCCCUUGGCCCUUCAUUUGGUGUUUUGCCAAGUCGCUUAUGACGUGCUCGCCACGUCCAGUAUUCGAAUCACGAAGGAGGACAGGCAGAAUAUGCUCAAGAUGUUGGACAAUUAUGGCGUCACUCUCGACAAUCUGCAGAGCACUCAGCACAAGAUCACUAUUAAAAAGAACGUGGUUGACAUGGCCAAACAGUGGCCACUGUAUUUCGCCAGGAUAUUCCCUGUGUCGAUCGGACCUCAGCAUCCAGAAACCCAACACGUGGCGAUCUCUCAUCACGGUCUCAGACUCAUCAAACGUACACCGAACGGCGAUUUAGUCAUAUUGGAAACUUUACCUUUGGAGGAAAUCGUCUCUGUCGGUUCUCCACGGAUCGGUGUCUGUGUAAUGCAAAUUGCGUCAGGAGUCAGGCUACCCUUGCACACGAACAGAGCUCCACAAUUGACCGAGAUGAUAAACAGUUACAUCAGAAUGGUGAGUGAUAAUAAUUAUUUAAUCUAACAUCGAUUGAUUGAA